ACUUCCAAAUUCACAAUGGAGACCGUCAAGCAAGCCGCCAACUACGUCGCUGAGACCGUCCAGGGAACUGGAGCUGAGGCUUCCAAGGAGGCCAACAAGAGCGUCGCUAAGAACAGCGAUGCCAACGUCUCCACCCGCGCCAGCGCUGCCAAGGAUGCUCUCGUCGACAAGAAGGACGAGCUUUCCCACAACACCAAGGCUGAUGUCCACAAGGGUAAGCUGAAACCAUUGAACAAAGCUGGUUAGAGAAUAGUACUAACAAUGUUGCAGAGGC